AUGAGUGAGGGGACACAGCGAUCUCAACCAGAUCCUGAUACGGCUACAAAUGAACCUCAGCGUGAUAUUCAGAGCAUCGCAGCUAAUCAAAGUCAAUUAAAUUUGGGAAAUAGGUUAUCUACUAGAGAUACCUCUUCCAGAAGGAGGAUUUCCCGCUCUGCUGCCGGGAGAAAGGCGCAAAGGGCGAUUAAUGCAUCCAAACUUCGAAAAGCUAGCAAAUCUAACAAGGAUAGUCCUGGAGAAGCCAAAAAACUGUUGAAGGGAGUAUCACGACAGAAAAGUGUACAACCUCCUAAAUUAAUCGAAGAAACAGAACAAAAUGGCACAGAAGAUUCAGGGAUCUCACAUGCAUUCUCUGAAAUUCAACUGUUAGUUCCUGGAACACCGCUUACAGGAACAGCAAGACGCUCAUCUUUAACUGGUGAACACAUAUCACCCUCAUCUCAAGCACAACAGCAAUCACAUUUGCAUGAAACCCAAUUACAACUCCUGCCUUCGCCAAUUGAAAGCCAGUCGUCUAAUUCUAGAAUGCAACCACGACGAAGACGUACUAGUUCAACAAGCUAUCCUUUACUAAAAAGACCCUUUAAUUUUGACACAGAGGAACCAGAGCUGGAACCUGACGCGGAGCCAGAACCAGAGCCAGAACUAGAGCUAGAACCAGAACUAGAAAUAGAACCAACACUAAGAUCAGAACCAGAAUCGGAAUCAGAAUCAACACUAAGAUCACAAAAAAACCAGCUGCAACAAACGAGUACUACUCCUUCACUGCUAAGGCAGAGUAUCUCACAAACCAUGUCAAAUAGUCAAUCAGUACUUGGAAGGAUGUGGAAUUUCUCAAAAAGUUUGUUUUCAUCUCCACUACGCACAGAUGAAGAUGUCUCUGUAUUGUCUUCCGACUCCUUGCCAAUCUUAGCAUCUCAUGUAGAGAAUUACCGUGAAAAUGACGAAAUAAAUGGCGAAAACAACAGCAAAAUUUACAACAGAAGAAGGAAAAAAAGAAACAACAGUGUCGCCCGCAGAAGAGGACUGAUAUUUGCGUCUUCUUCGCCAAUAUUAAAAACAAAAGAUAGUUCUGGUAUUUCCACAACCAUUAACACCAACAUCAAUAGAGCAACCACAUCAACGGAAUCAGGUUCACCAACCACGGAAAGAGUCAACCGUAUUCGAUAUUCACCUGCCGCAAGUCUUUCCAUGUUUGAUAACCAACAUAAAGAUAAGAACAUACGUGAUGACAGUCCAAAUCCAAACAAUCAUUUGCCAUCUUUGUCGCAAUCAUUACUAGCAAAUAGUACAUUGACUACCUUGAAUAAUCAACAAGAACCAAUAGAAGCACUCAUAACUAGGUCACGUUCAAAAGUCCCUUUGGUGAACAAAUCACCAAUACAAUCAGAUUCGAGUCAGAGCCAGAACAAUCUUCUGAGCUCUCCAUUACCUCUUGCUUCACCUAACUCAAAUAAGCAACUGACAUUGAAAAGGUUUCUGUUGAUGCGCGAUGCUGUUAAAACUCCUGGAUCGCAUGUAAACAAUCAAACGAAUGGAAUUGUAUUACAGGAUGAUAGUAACGUGCACCCCCCAAAAUCAUUUAACAAAGGACACAACAAUCGAAAUACCUCAACUAAUCUAUCUGUUUUGUACGGGCACUCAUUGAUAAGUAAUUUGAAAAAAAGUGUUACACCAGAAACUCAAAGCGAGAAUAAUGAUGAAGAGGAACAGCAACAGCAACAACUACAUAAUCAAAUAGAAACCGCCACUCAUGAAAAAAGCUCUGAGGCGUACGUUUGUGUACAAAUUGCCUCAAAUGAGCCACUAAACGGAGAUGUUCAAGAAGCUAAUAACGACUUGACCAAAUUAUUUGAUGGUGGACAAACUACUCCAAAUUUGAAAAGAAGAAAUCUUGAUCUUGAGUCGGAUGUACUCCACGAUGACACUUUGCUGAGUCCAAAUUUAUUGUAUACUACGCAAAAUAAUAACUCCCAACAAGUUGCACCAGCUGAAUCACCAGUACAAAAUUCAACUACUUCCAGUUUACCACCAGCUCAGGAUCACCAGUUAGCUGUUAAUGACUUGAGUUCACAGAGACCAAAUACUUUGCUGAACUUGCUUUCGUUGAAUAGCAGCCAUGUGGAAAACACCGAUCGCGAUUUUACCCCUACAGAACAAGCUCUAUUGAAACUUUCGUUAGCUCGUGAAUCAUCUUCACCACCAUCACCAUCAUCAUCAUUCUUUCCAAUAUCAUCACUUCAACCAUCCAAUCCUACUCAAACACAAAAGCGUAAAAGUGGUUUAAAUAAAAAAAUAGGUACGGAGGGGUCUAAAAGUGUUGGCUCGAAAAAAAGACGAAACAAUUCUCAGCAGAUUCCAACAUUGCAAUCUAAAGAUUCGAAUCCAUCAUUGAGUAAACAAGGUGAGAUGUCAACGUUGGACGAAACUGUUUACCAUACCAACAAUAGCACUAAUGUGCACGUAGAUGGCACAACAAGCAAGAAUCCAGCGUUAUCAAAAACAAGUUUACUCUCUACAUCUGAGGAAACCAUUGCUCCAAAUUUGCAAAACUCUGUUGUAGCAACUGUUGAUCCAAUUAAUAACGCAGUCUCUCAAUCAGGAGAAAAACUGGAUAAACAGUAUACAUCUACAACACUAAAUGAGCCUCAUAGAUCAGGAAUUAUACUUCAAGAAUCUACCACUAAUGACUCGACAUUAGCAAUACCGACCUCGUUGCAAAUGCUUCCAACCACAUCAAAACAUGGCCAUCAUGUUCAAACACGAAUCAUUGAGGAAGCAAGAAAUUCGCCUCUAAACACCGACGUCUUAGUGUCUACGACUCCUAAUUCUAAUUUGCAACACUCGAAUGGUAGUGCUACACCACAAUUGCCUUUGCCAAAGAUACAAAAUAAGAAUGCGAAAGUUAUUGAGAAACCAAAGCGCAAGAGGAAGCCAACUUUCAAGCCACUUGAUGAGAUGGCUCCCAACGCCAAGUAUAUUGAUUUUUACAACACAUAUGUGAAAGAAGUAUUUGGAACAACAAAGGCGUCAAAACUAUGGCAUUUUGAUCCACUGAAAAUUAGCUUUGAAGGAUCAUUUCCUUUGGAAUCAUCGAAUCCUGGGUGUGUUUGGACUCCUGUAGAUAAAGAAAUGUUCUUUAAGUUAGUUGCUAGACAUUCUAUACACAAUAUCGAUUUGAUUGCCCUGGAAAUGAAGAAAAGCGAGAUGGAGAUCAUCACGUAUUACAAUUUGUUGCAUUCUGAAGUGGAGAGGCUAAAAAAGGGUGAGAUUGAUAACGAUGAUUUUGUUAUUGAUAAACGUGAGCGGAAACGUAGGAAGAAGGAUAUGAAAAGAGCUAUAGUGAAAUAUGAGGAUAUGCCCAUUGCAUAUGAUAUGCUGGAGUGGUUUAUCAGGUUUGAAGAUGAGCAGAGUUUUAUUAUUGAAAAUUGUUUGCGCAAGCAAAUGGUGAAUGAACAAAUUGAGAAUGAGUUGAAUUACAUGGACCAAUUAACCAAAGAAAUUUUGGAUGAUGAAUCCCUGCUGGGCACGGGCAUGGAUAUGGACAUGGACAUGGACAUGGGCACGAGUGUAGAUGAUGAUGUUUGUGAAAGAGCUGUAGAAAAUAAUUUCUCAACUUCACCAUCAAUCUCCGAGCUGCAGUUGGUUGAUAAGCUUAGGUUAAGCCAACUCUUGCAAUGUAAAGCUGAUGAUGAUUCCUUUGUGUUGUUUGGACAAAUUGUGAGUAAUUUAACCAAGAGAAUAUUGCUCAAUCUUAUAUUGUUGAGAAAAAGCGAUGCUACAAAGAAAGAGUCUAGUGAUUUACUUAAUAAAAUUAUAACAAAGUCUGAAAUAAGGAGUGCUGUUAGGUCUUUGGAUUACCGUGAUCCUGAUUUGAUGUUUUCUCGGCGAAAUAUGAUUUUGAAAUACCGCCAGCAAAUGGGGUAUAAGGUUGAUGAAUGGCGGGAAGAGUAUCACCAAAGUUUGCACACGGCACCUGUUUUUACUCCACCAAGUAUACGUGAUAAUUUUGUUCCUUUGAAGAAAAAAAAGAAUAGAGAUUUUGCUGACGAGUAUGAUAAUGGUAAUGUCGAUGUUUAUGCUUCAAGCAAUGAUGAUCUUGGUGACAUUUCAGAGACCAGUGUUAACGAAUCAGAUGAAAUGCAGCUGGCCUGUUAUGAGCGUGGUUUAUAUUCCCUAUUGCUUGAUUCGAUGGAAAUAACGCUGUUGGAUUAUAAGAAAGUCGCCCACUGGGAACGCGAAAUGAAGAAAGAGAAUAAAGAGAACAAGGAGAGACAAGGACCUAGAGAAGAGAAAUUUUCAAAAGCGAAUAUAGUAGAAGGAGUCCUUACUAGUAAUGGAGAAACAAGUUAA